UUUUUUGAGCAUUCAUAAAUAAAUAAAUUUAUGAAAUUGCACUUGUAAGUUGUAUUGUAAUUAAUAGUGUCACUAAACAGCCGUAAAAGUCAGCUAAGAAGACUUAGAUAAUUACUGAAAAGCAUUACCAUGAGUAUUCAGUAGGUCAUACAACUCCAACAUCUUGAAGAGAGAGAAAAUUAAAAAGAUGACAGAGUUUUGAACCAUUGUGAACCAAACAACCCAACCCUUCCUUAAUUUCCCAAAAAUCCCCAAAAAUAUUAUUCUCAAUACCCCAAAUCUUUCGUUUCCUUAGGAUUUUUUGGAUUUGUUGGAAUCAUUUUUCCUGUAUUCUUCUUUUCCCAAACAUUUCAUUUCCUCCAUUAAUUCUUCCUUUCAAUCUCCACCCCCUUUUUUUUAUUCUUUUGUUUUCUUUUAAUAAAUUUCCCCCCUUUUUUUUUUCCUGGGUUUCCGAACCCUAAUUCUCUCAUCUUUCAUUCUUCUUUUUUUUUUUUUUUGGGUUUUAAUUUCUGGGUUUCAUGUAUUGAUUAUUUUUGAGACAGAUAGGUUCCUAAAUUAGGGUUCUGUUUUUUGGGGAAAUUAUAAUUAGGGAUUUAUUAAGGGCUGAAUGAUCAAUUAAAGGAUGAAGAGGUUUUGGGGUGUUUUUUUAGUUGUUUUGGUUUUCGGCGGGGUAAUUUGUGGCGACUCAGCUAGGGUUUCUGAGCUGGGUUAUUGUCCUGCCGCCUCGAUUACUGAUGCGAUCUUAGGAUUUCCUGAUUCCAUUUGCGAUCUUCAUCAUUCCUACAAUCUUGCUGUUAUUGAGGGAGAUGAAGUUUCAUUGCAGAAGGCACUGCAUUUGGUGUACAGUCUCAAUCAAGACUAUGUAGCUGUUUUGUUUUAUGCUUCUUGGUGCCCAUUCUCUAGGAACUUCAGACCAAGCUUUUCAACUCUCUCUUCCUUGUAUCCAUCUAUUCCUCAUUUUGCAAUUGAAGAAUCAUCCAUUAGACCUAGCAUACUGUCAAAAUAUGGAGUUCAUGGCUUUCCUACCCUUUUUCUUCUGAACUCCACCAUGCGUGUUCGUUAUCGUGGUUCUCGUAGUCUCGGUUCACUUGUCGGUUUCUAUAGUGAUGUCACUGGAAUUAAAAGUGAUCCUAGGGACCGGUUACCACUGGAGAAAAUUGAAGAUUUAUCUAAUCGUGCAAGUAAUGAAAAUAGUGAGCCAGAAAAUUGCCCUUUCUCAUGGGCAAGGUCUCCUGAGAACCUUCUUCGGCAAGAGACAUAUUUGGCUUUAGCCACCACAUUUGUGCUUCUGAGGUUGAUGUAUCUCCUAUUCCCGUGUUUACUUGAAAUAGGUCGUUCUACUUGGAGAAGAUAUGUGCAACAUGUGAGGAUAAGGCCUUUAUGGGAGCACCCUAUGCGUUUCCUAAAUAGAACAAAGCAAUUGUUCAAUUUCAUGAGGGAUCCUUGCAAGGGAACUAAUUUUCAAGAAGGUGCUAUAAAUGCAAGGGCAAGGGCAUGGGCAUCAAAGUCACUCGCUUCUGCAGUUGCCAUUGGUGAUGCGAGCACCAGCAGAGGUGCGACAAUCAGUGCUAGCCAUUAAGUUGUUCGGUCCAUCCCAGUUUUCUUUUUUGUUUUUAAAUUUGUAUUUUGAUUCCCCUAGUGGGUUCACAAAGCAGAGUAACCUUGAGGGUGAUGGGAGUUCUUGUUUGGGAGCCUUCUCAUUGAAAGAUGUAGGAACUCUUCUUUAUCCGUGUUCCAUUGUAAUGACAUAAUUGGAGAUUGAGGAUAAGAAGUGGCAUAUCCCAUAUGUGAAUAGUUCAACACAGAUACAGAGUGUCAAUUCCUGUAUUGUACGAGUAUUAUGUUGUAUCUCCAAUUUUCUCUAUAUGACCUGACGAUUUUGAGUCGCUACUA